CGCCUGAAGUUAUUAAUGGAAAAGGAUAUACUUUUGCAUCUUAUGUUGGAGAUUUCAUCUGGACAACCGCCAUUUGCUGGUUUGGAACAUAAUUAUGAUCUAGUAAUGAAAAUAAUGAAUGGAGUGAGACCAGAAAUCAUACCGGGAACUCCAUUGGAAUAUGCAAAUUUAAUGGUACAAUGUUGGGAUGCUCAUCCAUUUAAAAGACCAACGAUUGAUAUUCUUAGAAAUAAAAUUUUACAAAUGAAUAAUUU